AUGAUCGGGGCUUUCAUCAUCACAUCGGUAGCACUUGCCGCUUCCAGUGUCUCUGCUCAAAUCACGUGCUCCACAUUCCACUUUGAACAAGAUACGCAGGGUAAUACGGUGAUCCCUGGACGACUGCAACGGCGCAGUAACCAACGGCGCAACCGUGAUAGCAGCGCUACUGAUGGAACAGCACCCACAGCGACAACAACGACAACGGGUUCAUCGAAUGAGGAAACCAUGACGUCCGAGGGUUCCACAACUACUAGUAGAAAUGGGUUGACGGAGGGCAACGUCACCACAGCAACAUCGAGCUCGACCAGCGGAACGACUUCAUCGACCAACAGUUCGCUUAGGGGUGGAAGUGCAUCGUCCAAUGGUGGUAGUAGUAGUACUGGAAGUGACACCAAAGCGAACUACUACCAGUCAGGCUACAGUCAGUCUGGCUCGGGCUCCUUCGGUACCGAGAACAUCGUCGGCCAGGAUUCUGCUUCCAGUAGUAAUAGCGCUGAUCCCGGUAUGGGAGACAAGGGUCUCAAGAUGUCUGUACUGUUGGUAUCUGUAGUACUCACACUCAUCUCCAAUAUGAAGUUCCUGACCCCGCUCCUGCUUGUUCUCGCCAUGGCUACCGUGUCCUCAGCUGAGACGGCUGCCUCUCUCUCGGCGUCCGCAUCACUGGCAAUGUCGGGAUUCACAUCCGCGUCUGCGUCUUCAGCAGGAUCCAGCGUCUCGGGAAGCGCCGGUGAAUCGUCGUCGGAGCCAAACUUGACUGGAUUUAAUGUCAACAACGUAUCCAAUUCAAGCGCAAGCUCCAACACCACCGACGUGGAAGUGGGCGACUCGGAAAGCGGCUCAAGUGGCUCGGAGGAUCUCAACGUCGAGAGCGACGAAGCGUCAGAAGAAUACUCUGGCAGCAGUGACUCUGGCGUUGAAGAGGCUGCCAGUGCCGCGUCCGACUCGCUCGCGGACACCGGCUCGAGCUCGGGUGCUGCCAGUAUUGAGGCAAUGGCGCUUCCUCGCAUCUACAAAGUGUCGCCCCGGUUGUUCCUGAUCGCAUUCAAGAUGAAGUUUUUCACUGUCGUCCUCAUUGCUGCCGCCAUCGCCACCCAGGGUAUCACCGCUCAACAAGCCCCCGCGGCAGCAACGGUGGCCCCCACCAAUGGUGGCACGACUACAGGGGGGACCACCGCGACAACGGCUCCUACUGAUAGUGGAGCCAUGGCAACCAUGGCUCCUGGAACUAUGAUGGACUCGACGACUGUGGAUCCCACUGCCGGUGGAGCCAUGACUGAAGCCAGUGGCAGCGAGAUGGCCGAGACCAGCACUAUGGAAGGUUCCGAAAGCGGAUCUGGUGGCAGCACGACUGCCGUCGGCGACGAAUCGGCUUCGAAUUCGAAGGGCUCCGGAUCCAGUGGGGCCAACACUCAGAUGGUGUCGCUCGCUGCGUCUGCUAUCGUUGCCACGCUCGUGACGUAUCUCUUUUGA